GACGGGAAAAUGAGGAGGCGGAUGGCGGAAGUGCAAAAGAGAAAAAAAAAACAGAAGCGUGGACGAAAAACCGCAUCCCUGCCGGAUUAAUGAGCCAAAAAAGUGCAUGACAGAGCGAGCCCCAAGCUGUGCGCCAUCAGCAGGUGUCGCAUGGGUUUUCCCUCCUCCUCCUCUUCCUCACUCCCACGCUUCCAUUGUGGUCGACGCCUCAGCAGAAGCGACAAUCAGAGGGACGUCGCCUCCUCGUACGGACGGGUAUUGGAUAAAAUCGUAUUCCAGACAUGAAAGUUUAUAAAGAAGUCAUCAGAUAUGAAUCUGCUCCGCUGUCAGCUAGACAUCAUGACCGAGGGACGACCGAGCCGAUCAGCUUUUUCUUCUCAAACCUGGAGGAACUGCUUUCAUGGAAACCAACCAGCCAAGACAUGUUUAAUAUCGCCGUGACCCCUCUGGCAAAACGGUAUCCACCUAUUGGUAGCCAGAGGCCGAGGACUCUCGUCUGCCAUGACAUGAUGGGAGGGUAUCUGGAUGACAGGUUUAUUCAGGGCACUGACGCUAAGGAGCCGUAUGUUUUCUACCAUUGGCAGUACAUUGAUAUUUUUGUCUACUUCAGUCAUCGGAUGUUCACCCUUCCUCCAGUGUGUUGGACAAAUGCUGCUCACAAACACGGCGUUUCUGUCUUGGGUACGUUUAUCACAGAAUGGGAAGAUGGCGCUAAAGUUUGUGAAUCGUUUCUGGCUGGCGAUGAGGCCACAUAUAAAGCAGUCGCAGAUCAGAUGGUGUCACUCGCACGUUUCUACAGGUUUGAUGGAUGGUUGAUUAACAUUGAGAAUGUGCUCAGUCCUGCUGCAGUAUCCCAGGUGCCCUUGUUCCUCUCCUAUUUAACAGAGAAGCUGCACUCACAAGUUCCAGGCGGCCUGGUCCUCUGGUAUGACAGCGUGCUCCACAGCGGGGAGCUGAAGUGGCAGAACGAACUCAAUGACGAAAACAGACAGUUUUUCGCUGCAUGUGAUGGAAUUUUCACAAACUACAACUGGAAGGAAGAACACCUGCAGCGCAUGACCGCAGAGCCGCGCAGGACAGAUAUUUAUGUUGGCGUGGAUAUCUUCGCCCGGGGAGACGUUGUAGGAGGAAAGUUUGAAACCUUCAAGUCAUUGGAGAUGAUCCGGCAGUAUGGCUUCUCCGCGGCGUUGUUUGCUCCAGGAUGGGUGUACGAAUGCUUCAAUAGGGAACAAUUCCUUGAGAACCAACACAGGUUCUGGUCUCUCUUGGAGACGCUCUACAAUCACAGCCUCAGGACACUCCCUAUCUGCUCCUCUUUCUGUCUUGGCCGUGGGGAAAAGCGAUUUUCGUAUGGACAGGCAGAAGAAAUCGGUCCUUGGUUUAACCUGAGCGCUCAGGAAUUACAGCCAAUCUUUUCGGAUGUAGCUGUUGAUGAAGGUGCCAGUUAUGUCAGGUCUCGGAUCUGCCCACAAGAUGCCUGGCAUGGAGGAAACUCCCUCCUCAUUGAAGGAACACUGUCAGGAGAAACCAAUGCAGUGUCUUUCAGGUUGUUCUCUCUACAUGUUCCCACUCCGGAUAAACUCAUGCUGUCCAUGGUGUACAAGUUGGAGGGGUGAUCCAAUGUUUCGGUGUCACUGGAGCUCUCCACACAAGAUGCUCCUCUUUGCAGUGUGGAAAGUGUCACUGAAAUAACUGUGAGACACAUACUCUGGAAGCUAUCGGAACCUCCUGCGCUUCUUACGACUCCUGAACAGGACAAAUCACCUGAAUGGUUAAAACGGUUUUAUGAGGUGCAGCUUAGUGGAUGCCUGAUGACCAGUUUAUCUGUACAUUUUGCAAAAACCAAGCACGACGGAGAAGACGAGAACUUUGUGUGCCGCAUUGGAGAGAAUCAGGAUUCUGGACGCUUCUCUACCCGACAACCUCCUGCCCAGCCUUCUGACCUCACCUUGUCUCAUAUACAUUGGCGAAGAGACCAGCAAAGCAAUCAGUUGUUUGUCAGCUUAACCCUUCACUGGAGCCACCCCAUGGACAACAUUCGGCACUUUCGCAUAUACUGCCGUGGCGUUACCUGUCAUCGUGCCCCAGAGUCUCAGCCUCAUCUCCUUGGGUUGGCCCAUGCUUGCAUUUACCGUGUGGUUGAUGUAGCCAUACCAGAUCCAUGUCCCCCAGCUCCUGGCAGGCUGGAGUUUACAGUUCAGCCAGUUCAUAAGGAUACUGUCGAAAUCUUGCCUCCUGUAUGGGGGCAUCUGGCCUUGGAGUUUGUGGAGCAGACACACACUGAAGUGUGACAAGUAACCUGGGAUUUAUUACUUUUUUUUUUAUAAUUUGUACCAGUGCAUUUAGCCUUCCAAAACUAUGAACAGGAAAUUUCAGUCCUGCGCUAUUUACUACAAAUACUGUAUACAUCAUUGUAUGUCACUUAUUAAGAAAAGGGCUCUUGUCGGCCAUGUUUAACCUUAUUUUUCAGAUCAUUUCUAUAGCAUUUACUGCUAGAUUAUAACCAUUAAUGCAUCGGACCCUUUUAUAAAUGCUGACAUACUAUGUGCUGUUACUACCUCUUGGGGUAGGACAUUCCAUAGUUUGACAGCUGUAACUGUAAAGAAUCCUUUCCUGUAGUGAUGUCUAUAUGGGCUUUCCUCAAGACAUUUUUUUUUUUUUUUAUUUAUAUAUUUUUUCCAAUCCCUCAUUAUGGGAGAAGUCUCCCAUCCCGUUUAUUACCGUAGUCACCCACCUUUGAACUCGCUCUGGGUACCUUAAAUUUGUUUUACCAUGUACAGCCCCAAAUAUUUUUGGUCACAUGGCCUAUGUGCAACUCGGUCCCAUUCAAGUAAAAUGGGCCUGGGCUGCAAUACCAAGCACAGCCACUAUACAAUGUACGGCACUGUGAGGAGGCCGUAGCACUUGGCUGCUUCGAACAGCUGAUCGCUGGUCGUGCCGAAUCUGCACUGAUCUGAAAUUUUUGAUCAAUCCUAAGAAUUGAUCAUUAAUAUUUUACUGUUGGUUCAAAAUUGUUUGCCGUAUUUUUGCCCAUGUGUUUUCUCAUUUUAAACCACACAUGAUCAUAAAUUACAGUUGGACUCUGUCUCCACCACUCUUUCUUACUUGGUAGGUAAAAAGCUCCAGAGCAGAGUAUUUCUUGUGUAUAAAGCAGCGCGGAGGAAGAUGUGGUCAGUUCUGCCAUGGAGGGUCAGGAUCGAUGCAAAGACCGGACUAACCUUGUAAAUCUGGGAACAUGGUAUCUGAACCGGGGACUGGGUGGUGGAA